UAAGUGGAAUUUAAUUAUUAUUAUUUAAAGUUUUCUUUUUAUUUCGUUUUUGUGAAAUCAAAAGCAGAAAAGAAAGUGAUGUGUUACCAAAAACACUUGUGUUCUCUAAUUAAAAAUUGUUAUUAAAAAUGGAUAGAAUAAUAGAAAAUUCUGAAAAAGAGCAAGAAAUUCCUUUCAUGAUUAACUCUAUGAUACCAUAUGCUGAUGAUGUCGAUAAUGUAGACAUUUAUUAUGAAGAGUCGUUAAGAAAUACUCAAGGGCCUCGUAAAAAGUCAUUAAGUUUAAGACGCAAUGUUGAUCUUACAUUAACGAUAUCACCCUCAGAUACGGAGAGUUUAGGCGAUGAGCCGAUAUCGCCAAAAACCGCUCUCGUCGCACGCAAUGAUAUCGACGAGACACCAUCGCUGCCUUUGCCUCAUAAUUUACGUCGUAAUUCGAUAUCGAUGCCUUCCGGGUUAAAUGCUUUAGCGGAUUUAGAAAAUUUACGUUUAAAACAUCAAAUGCAUACCCAAGCGACAGUAAUGGAGGAAGAAAAAGCUAACAGUACACCCACAAACAGUGUUAUAGAUGAUACCCCUAACACGAUCACAAUAUCUAUACCUGACAGAAACGUCGUCGCAACACAGUAUCACAAAAAUGAAGAUAGCGAUGAGAACGAUGAUUUCGAACUUUCGGGCAGAAGGAAAAAAGGUAACCUAUUUCGUACUAAACGCAGAGCAUCGAUAGCCCCGUUGCCCGCUUUACGCUUAAAUGAUAAGGAAAUGUUAGCGAGCGAUUUCGAUACAUAUAGUUUGGCCAGUAACCAAGCCUCUAUAACAAGCGUUAACUCCGUGGCGAGUCUUUUGAGGGAGAAGAUGCAAGCCUUUCCACAGAUGAUACGGAAAAAGAAACGCGAAACCAAAGAUUAUAAAAUUAAAAUAUUUGUAAUAAUGAUGUUCUUCAUAACAGUAUUUUUGAUAAGUUAUGCUUAUGUGGGAUAUCAUCGGCAUGUUUUAACUUAUUCCUAUUUCGAGAAAAUCAAAUUUAAUUCCAAAGACCGUUUUAUUAAGAUAUUGAAUCAUGAGAAUAAAAUUGUUAUGUCUGGCCAAUUGGGUGUGACUAUCAAUAUGGAUAGUCAUCCGUUUCAUUGCUUAGAAGAUCGUCGUAAACAAGAUGGUAGUGUAUGCAUAGAAUGGAAUGGCGUCGCUCGUUUAUAUAUGAAUUUCCAAGACAUGGAUGUAUUCCGUUGCUAUACCAUACAUUGGCAGGCGUUAAGCGCUAAUCAAUUUCCUAUCGAUUGUUAUGAAUUAACUCGUGAUAAUGGUUUAUGGUUUGGCGGCGGUAUUAGCAAGAACAUGCAAUGGUCGCUAAGUACCAAAGAUUUUGAUUUCUCUCCUUAUGCAAGUGGUGAUGCGAAAGUUCAUCAAUUUGGUAAUGGCGUUAAGCGUUACUUUAUCAAUUCUAUAGGCGUAGCCAUUCAGGUCAAUGAGAAGAGUCCUUUACACCUUAUGGCCAAUACAACAGCAAAUGAGUUUUGCUUAAAAGCUCAAAACGAUGACUUCACGUUCGUGAAUCGUUUAACCCCAUUGCCCGAAUUGCAAUAUAAAAUUUGUACCACCGAGGAUAUGCGCAGUUUGCAUAUGCUUAUGACCCAGCAAAGUUUAUGGGAUGGUUUAAAAGAAGCCGAUAUUAAGAUGUUGCAUACUCUAAUUGAAGAACCCGUAUGGCAGAUACCGCAUCAAAAUCAAUGGGACUCUUUAAAUGAGACCACAAUAUAUAAUUAUUCCGAAGAUGUUAUAGCUAUGGGUUUCAUGCGUUUAGGCCACAUUUUGGUUAGUGAAUUUUGGCAAGAAAACAUUGGAGAUUUCACGGUAGAUAUAUCCCGAUUUCCAACACUUAAAGAAACCAUCGAUGUAUUACAUAGACGAGGCUUCAAAAUAGUAUUUACUAUACAACCUUUCAUUAGUACGGACAGUGAGAAUUUCAAGGAUGCUGUACGUAAAAAAUUGUUAAUAUAUGAGCGACACUCAGAGCGGAGUAUACCUGCGUUGACUCGUUACAAAAGCGUGUCUAGUGCGGGGGUUUUGGACAUAACCAACAACGUUUCAAUACCUUGGUUGAAAGAGAAAUUGGAAAAGCUUAAGGAAGAAUAUAAGGUGGAUAGCUUUUAUUUGGAUUUGGGCACUAGUUAUAAUCUACCACAUUAUUAUCAAUGCCGUCAAACUCUGGACAAUCCGGAUAUGUAUGCCAGACUUUUUACGGAAAGCUUAGAGAAUAUAGGAUUUUUAGGCGUCUCAACGGCCAGUAGGGCACCUAAACCUCCGGCUUUCCUAAGUACGCUGCCUAUAAAUUCUUCUUGGUCCGGCUUACGGGAAAUAAUGACGGCUGUCUUAAAUUACGGUAUCAUCGGAUAUCCAUUCAUUUUGCCCGGAGCUAUUGGUGGUGAUUACGCUCUGGCCAAAUCGAAAACCAAAAUGAUUUCUUUUUAUUCGUUGCCGCAGCCUACACUACCCGAGCAAGAGUUAUUCGUGCGCUGGAUGCAAUUAAUAACAUUUAUGCCGGCCAUGCAAUUCAGUCAUUUACCUUCGGAAUAUAAAAGUGAUUACAUAACCGAUGUUACGAAGGAAUUGAUUAAUGUACGCAAAUCAAUUGUAAUACCGUUGCUUAAAAAAUAUUUAACUGAAUCAAUGAAUGAAGGCUUGCCCUUAGUAAGGCCCCUCUGGAUGUUGGACCCUCAUGAUCCAGCCUGUUUAAGUAUUAGCGAUGAGUUUUCAGUGGGCGAAGAACUAAUAGUAGCACCGAUACUAGAAAAAUCUGUAGAAGAAAGAGAAGUUUAUUUGCCUCAAGGUGUUUGGAAAGACGGAAUUGACGGCUCAUUGCGCAAGGGAAGCCGUUGGAUUCAUAGUUAUAAAGUUCCCAAAGAAAAAAUAGCAUACUUUAUAAAACUACCGGAUAAUACUAGAUUCUAGGCAUUCUUCUUAGAUUACAAAACUUUCAUAUCGAUCGUCACUUUUCAUUUUGGUUGUAAUUUAAAAUCACGUGUUUGUGAUUCCGCACAAAAUCCAAAAAUUCGAGGACUAUCGUCUAUUAAUGUUAAGUGAGCCGAGGUGCUCUUCUGAAGAGUAUUUUACUUAUUUUUCAAGCUUUAUAUUUCUCUUUUGUGUAAAAUAAGUAUAAGGGAGACGUUGAGAGAUUGAAAUUAACAUAGCAAAAAAAAUUAAAGAAAUUAUAUUUGCCUUAGCGCCACCCUUUUAUACCCACUACUUAAUUACGAAAUAAUUAAUAUUGGAUGGAUCAGUUACCCAAUCGAAACCACUUUUACACUAACUCUUACAAUGGCCCGAGAUGUAUAAGAUACAUAUAACAUUUUAGAUUAACGUAGGAUAUACUUUCCUUUAUUAUAGGCGUAGUUGUAGCAAUGUUCAGUGGCUCUGUAGCCUUCAACUGACAUCACGUAAGCAUAUAUACUAGCGUUGUAAUUCAAUUUUUGCGAUCAUAAGCUUUCUAAGAAUAAACGGCACACGAAAAUUCGCUUAGCGUGGAUUUGUAUUACCGCUAGUCAAUAAUAAAAGCACUACAGGCGCUACAUGUUGAAUCUAAAGGCAGUCACGAUCAAUCAAAUCAGUCCUCACAAUUAACAAAAACGCUUUACUCGUCUUGAGGCGGUGGAUAUUCAAGUUUCGUCCCGCAUAGUGUAGGCUUCUUCAGCAGGAGGUGAUCAAUCUAAUCAAUCGCGUGAUGAAGUCAUUGUUACAUCAACUAUGCGUACAGUGGCGCGGAAACCCAUCUCGUUCAUAUCUUAUCACGAACAGAAAAAUUUUCGAAAAAAUGUAGCUCAACUACACCACACCGAUAAAAACCGCACCAAAAUAUCGCUCGUUGUGAUUAGAAAAAUUAUCCGGCUUUAUCUCUUGAGUUUCGAAACCCCAAAUGUGUGACAACUUUGGCUUGUUCACCUGUCAGAUAGAUAAAAAUAAGCCGCAUCGUUUAACGUAAUUUUCUUGGUAAAAUCUUGAUCUUGUUCAUUUAUUCCUAGUAAACAAUAAACGAAUAUACAGAUAAGCCUUCCAUAUCCGAGAGUCAUCUAGUUUUUCGUUUUCAUAGGUCAUUGCCACCA